CCUUAUUCAUACAUUUUAUUUCCUAUAAUCUAUUUCUUUUUUCGGGACGAAAUAAAUAAAUAAAAAAAGAAAACAAUUGGUUUGACUCGUGGUUGCCUCGUGACUCGAGGUUGGAUUGGCUUGAGUAACGCUACGACUCGAUUGAUGACCGGCAAAUCAAGAUAAUCGAAUGCUCUGGGAAAGUCGAAAAACCAAGGCAAUUCUCGCUGCUUAGAGGUUGUAUUCGUCUGCAUAGACAUUCGCUAUUUUUCAAUAUCGUGUUUCAAUCUUUUGCGACCUUCUGUUACUGGAUAUGCGAUUUCAUUCUCAACUAUAUGUUCUGACAAAAAUCCUCUCUAGUAUGCUAGUAGAAAGCUAAGAGCAAAUAAAUUCCUCCAUGGCAAGUGAAAAUCCCGUACAAGAAACGGAAGGCGAAUUCCGGAACAGUAAAGCUCUGUUUGUGAAAGGAGUAAGGAUGCCUCACAUUUACGUUUACUUAACAGGAUUCAAAGAUUUCAUCGAAAAUUUCCAAACUCGACAUGAUGAUGUUUUUAUAGUCGGUUUCCCCAGAUCAGGAACCACGUGGCUUCAAGAGAUCACGUGGGAGAUCUUUAAUGAUGGAGCAACUAGCACCAAACCUAUCGGUCAUAGAGUGCAAUUCUUUGAUGAAGCCAAAUUCCCCCACACCACCCAGCCUGACAUCACCACUCAAUCCAGUCCCCGCCUAAUGAAGACUCAUCAACCAUUUCAUGCAAUUCCCAAAGGAACAUGUGACGCCUCAAGAUGCAAAUAUAUAUAUGUUGCGAGAAAUCCACGCGACGUCGUGGUGUCGUAUUAUAAUUUCGAAAGCAAAAUGGCGCCACUGACUGGUUAUUCAGGACCUUUUGAGUUCUUUGCCGACAUGUUUAUAAAGGGAGCAGGUAAGGAACGAACAUUUCACAUUUUUUCAUGAUGUA